GAGAACAGCUUCAGGAAACAUGUACCUACUUGCAGAGGGGCACAGAAACAAAAGGUACACUGAAAUGGGCAAAGCCUGAAGAUUACCCUGGAAUAUCUGAGGAACAAGUUGAAGCCAGCUCUGAACCAUCUACCUCUAAUAACAGGUGGAGGACGGGAAAUCUAACAGAGGUCAGAGAGGAAUAAGUAUACAGUUCCUCCUCUUUCUGACAAAGCUGAUCCUUGGAAAUCACACACUUAUCAGCUUAACACCUGGAAAGAUGGCAGAACAACUGAGUCAAUGAGAGACAGCUGAAAACUACUGAUCUGUGGAACUGGGUGGAGAAGACGACUCCUGCUGAAAGGUCCAUGAAGCAUAAGAAAAACAAGGAUGUUGCCAACAAGGAAGGCAUGCCCCAAACACUGAGUUCUACCAGUAUGUUUACCCCAUGUGGCUUCAGCCCUCAUCUACAUACUUCAAAAGAAGAUGAACAAGGAGGACUGAUCUUCCAGGAUGGAAACCUUACCUCAGCAUCUCUGGAUGCUCUAAUUCAGCAUCUGAUACCUACCACUGAUUACUACCCUGAAAAGGCCUAUAUCUUUACAUUCCUGCUGAGUUCCAGACUCUUCAUCGAACCCCAUGAGCUUUUGUCCCGCGUUUGUCACAAGUGCAUUGAGCAGCAGCGGCUGGACGACCCUGUGCUGGACAAGGCUCGGAUCAGAAAAUUUGGACCCAAAAUCUUACAGUUGCUGACAGAGUGGACAGAGACAUUCCCAUAUGACUUUCAGGAAGAGCGGAUGAUUGGCCAUCUGAAAGACAUGAUUCAUAGGAUAGCCCCGUGUGAUGAGGCCUACUGGAAAAAGAUGAAUCAGCUUUUGCAAACCCUGAAUCAAAAGCUUGCAACCCUCAGCCAUGGGCAAGAAGGGAUUGUCAAGAUCAGUGCUGCUGUCUCUGAUAAGCUGGUUGCCUUUAAAAGUAAACCUCCAUCAAUUCAGAGAGAAAUCCUGAGCGUCUGCAGUGACCCUUACACUCUGGCUCAGCAGCUGACACAUGUGGAGCUGGAGAGGCUAAGUCACAUUGGACCUGAGGAGUUUGUGCAGGCAUUUGUACAUAAAGACCCUCUGGAUGGCACCAAGACUUGUUUCAGUGAACAGAAGAAGACAAGUAACCUUGAGGCCUAUGUGAAAUGGUUCAAUAGACUCUGCUAUCUUGUAGCAACAGAAAUUUGCAUGCCUGCAAAAAAGAAACAGCGAGCACAAGUCAUUGAAUUCUUCAUUGACGUUGCCCGAGAGUGCUUUAACAUAGGGAAUUUUAAUUCGCUGAUGGCAAUCAUUUCUGGAAUGAACAUGAGUCCAGUUUCCAGGCUAAAGAAGACUUGGUCAAAAGUGAAAACAGCCAAAUUUUUCAUUCUUGAGCACCAGAUGGACCCUACUGGUAACUUCUAUAACUACAGAACAGCUUUGCGGGGGGCUGCUCACAGAUCCCUCACCGCACACAGCAACAGGGAGAAGAUUGUGAUCCCCUUCUUCAGCCUAUUGAUCAAAGACAUUUAUUUUUUGAAUGAAGGAUGUGCUAAUCGCCUUCCAAAUGGACAUGUCAACUUUGAAAAAUUUCUGGAACUGGCUAAGCAAGUAGGAGAAUUUAUAACAUGGAAGCAAGUGGAAUGUCCCUUUGAACAAGACCCUAACAUCAUCCACUACUUGCAUACUGCUCCCAUUUUUACUGAAGAUGGGUUGUAUCUGGCUUCCUAUGAAAGUGAAAGUCCGGAAAACCAGACAGAAAAAGACAGGUGGAAAUCCUUAAGAUCCACUAUUUUAGGAAAGACUUGAAGAUUAAGAGAUUAUUGCAGUAGGUCAAGGAAGAGAAAUCCACAAACAUUUUGCACUACUGAUUCCAAAGAUGCCUGUUUGGGAUUUAGACAAUUUUUUUGUUUGAGUUUUUUGUUGGGUUUUUUGACUGCCUAACAUGAUGGAUGAACUGGAUUCAUCCACUGAAAUCAACAGAACUGUGUGCACAAUGACGCUUUUCUAACUAAGACAGAGAGAGCAAGGACAAACAGACUAUUUGUGGCUGUGCCCAAACUGCGUCAGGAUCACUGUAACUUUUGCCUCUGAAGGAAAAUGUAAGAAAAUCAGGAGCAUGGAGAACCAUGGUACUGCAAAGGAGAAUGGAAAAGUAUAAAAAAAGGAAAGCAAAAAAUACACAUGAAUAUUUCAGAAGCAGGUGCUUCAGACAGCAGCUCUUUAAACCCUCUGAGGAUUGUAAAAUUAAAUCAAACAUGGACACAGCAGCAAUCUGGUUAAUUGCUGAAUGAAGAAAGAAGAACUUAAUCUUACAUUAGCAGUCCCCCAGCCUUGUUGAACAAAGCACUGACUGCUACAGGUAUAAGCUUCCAGCAGAUGAAAACUGACAUUGCUCGCUCAUAUGUAUACACAGAUGUCACAUAUAGACCACAUCAGCAUGGGACAGUUGUACAAACCCCAUGAAUUUUUACAGAGAACAAUCUGAAGUAUGGCUAUUGCUUAGUUAUUCUUCCCACCACUGUUGUUCCUUUUCUUACUGUGAAUCUUGGCAGAUCUGAGGAGGGCACAGAGUGUAGCCGGUAUUGCUUAAAGACCCCCCCCCACAUCUAAAGUUGAACUGAAGAAGCAAAUGACUCUGGACUCAACUUACCUCUGUUUAAUGUACGUAGUGUUUUCCCUAGUUUCGUUGAUGCUGAGUUGCAUCUUUUAGAAGGUUUUAUCACACUUAAAGAAAAAAGAUACUGCAUUACCAUUUGAAAAAUGUAUCAGGUUCCAAUUAAUACAGUACUGUUUAUUUUGCAACAUGAUACUAAGAGGAUGGGGGCAGUAUUUGCUCUGAAUUUGGGAACUACAUGGUAUGCUUUAAGAAGACAAAGGGUUUCAGACUAGAAUGAAUGCACUAAAGAAUUUGUCAUUCAUGAGCAGAUAACCAUUUUUCUCUCUUUUUAUUUUUAGGAUCUAAACCAUGUUCACCAUUUCCUUACAAAUAAUAUGAAGUAGUGACUAUGUCUUGUGUUUAAAGUUGUACAAUAAUCAAGGUGCUACUGUAACACAUAUAUUAAAUGAUAAUGAACUAUAUGGAUAUUAGAUUCAAAACUAAGCCCUAACAGUAGACUAGUUGUAUGUGGAAGGAAUGUUCCUACUUGCCCCAGAAAAGACCUCAAAAACCUUAAAUUAAACCUAAAUGCCACAUGAUAUUGAACUUUGCAUUUUAUUGCUGACUUAAUGCUGGCCUUUUCAGAUGUUCCAGUCUUUCUCUGUCUGCAACAGAAGGACAUAACCCUUUCUUUGAGAUCAGUAAUAGUUUCAUUUCACUACAGAGUGAUUCCAAGUGGCUGUGGUGUUUUGAAAAGUUAGUCUAAUCACAAAACCUGGCUGUGUUGGCCUAUGCAUUUAGCCCGAAAACUGGAAAUGUUCCUGACCUCUGCCAGCCCUCAGAAGUUCUCGAGGCCUGAGUGAGUUCUUGAAAUGUGAGGCAUUGGUGAUCUAGUGUUUGAAGGCAGCUCUGACAAUUGAGCUGAUUCGGAGUCCAGCAGCCUGAGACGUGCUCUAUGUGAUAUACUAAAGGUCUGUAGUGUCUGCAGUGCAGUUCUUAUGUUGGGUUAUGAUCUGUGAAAACCUGUGCAGUCUGGAUCAUGGCCACCUGAAUCCACUGCUCUUGCAAUUGCUGAGAUGAGCAGGACAGCUUCUUCUAGAUUUGCAUACGUAGGGGCUCAAGGCAGAACUUCAGUUCUCCUUUUCAUAUAGGUCUAUCAGUGCAUGAAUUCAAGCAGAGAGAACAUAAAAAUGUCUUGUGUUUACUCAAGCUUUGUAUGGAAGAACUAAGUGUAAGGAUCGUACAACAUCAUUCCAGCCAGGGAAUGAUCACUAUUCUGGUGAUACUGUUAAUAUGCUGUUUGUUAAUUUUUGUACGUGAGCUGAGAGCUAUACAGAGAAACACACACACGAAGGCAUUCCUUCAAGCAGAACUAUUUCCAAAAUGAUGCUAUUAAAAGCCUGUUAAAUUCCAACCAAAUUCAGAGCAAUAACCAUAAACAUAUCUACAACAAUGCUAAUGCUUAAGUGUGUUUGCUAAAUGGUCAUUUUUUUCUUAAUAUCUGCAUCUUUUUAACAGGCACAGUGCGACUUCAUAGUAGAAAUGAUUUUUUAUUUAUCUGAAACCCAAUGUAGGUGGAUGGGCCCUUUCUUAAAACCUGCUUUUUAAAAUACAAAUCCUCACUCCUUUUCUAAUGAGCCAACAGAGGCUGGUACAGCUGAGAUUUUAACACCCUGAAGAUGAAUCAAAAUGUGAUUUCUCAUGAUAAUACUUUAUGUUCUUGGGCACCUUCCAUGAAUUCAGGCAAUUUUGUAAGUAUGAGUUAAAUUAGAUCUCAUAAAGUUUAUCGCUCUUGCAAACUAAACCACUUUCAUAGUCCAAAACUUUCAAACCUCGGUGCUUAAAAUGGAAGCAUAAAGGUCAGAUGUAGGUAGGUAUUAAGGGCUUAGUGGGACUUUCAGAAGCACCAAAUUAUCUUUAAGCCUUUAUGUAGUCACACAUUUAAAAGGUCUUUUUUCAGAGGUGCUAAACAUCCUCAUCUCUUGAUGAACACUGAGGCAAUUAUUGCUUUAUAGAGGUGCAUGGCAUGUUGAUCUGUAGUACCUGAUCUUCAGAGACACUGGCUGCUCUUUGCAAAGCGGCUUGGAGAUGAGAGUACACAGCAACUUAAAAUGAGAAGACAGCACUUUUAAAAAACAGACUUUACUAAUCAUAGCUUGUCUUCAGAUAAUUUCCUGGCUAAAAUCCUAUAGAUUUAAACAGAAACAGUGUAAAGCCUUAAGUUACAGCUGUCAGUUGCAUUUGUAAUUCAUAUUUGGCCUAACUAGGGUGUAGAACUCCAGACAGGAGUGGUUAGCACCUUGCUUUACCAACAGGUUUUACAAAGCACAAGUACAACUGAAAACAAAGGAUGACAAUUUGGGGAAUAGAUUUCUUCCAAAAAUGUAUUAACAUUACAUGAAAAUGAGAAAAAGAACCUCCAAUAAUUAAUGUUUUCUUGCUAUAAACGUGUAAAGAACUCCUACCAUGCUGAAAAGAAAGCAAUAUCACUUAAUACCAAGCACUAAGCCACUGUAAGGCAUGUAGUCAUUAGACUAACAUCUAGACAAGUUACUAGUAGUAAUGUCAUGGCUUUCUAAUUCCACUUUUUUCAGUGGAUUCACCUCUCUGACAACUGCUUUGAACUAAUGCUACACAGAGAACAGAGCAAAACUAGAGCUAUAGGUCUAUAGUGUUAGUAUCAAAACCCUAAGCUAGUAAGAUGUGAAUAUAUGACACAGAGUCUUUCAGAAGCAUUAACUUAGCUUCUGUGUAUACAGCAAUAUGUUAAAAGACCCAAAUAUAUGAAAUCACUUCUGCACCUCCUCUAGUGUAAUCAGAGUGGUAGCAAAAGUCCUAUUUUUUCAUUUCUUGAGUGUGCCAUUCUGCAACGUGGAGCUAGAUAAAAAGCCUAGUGAAAAACAAUGAGGGAAUUGCGUGCCUUCAGCUUGUGUUGAAGUCAGUAGGUGAACUUGCUCAAUGCCUUUCAAAAGACACUUGAUCAUACAAUCUUGCCCUCAAUUUCACAUCAGCGUCAAUCGCAUUACCUAAUUAAAGGUGGAUGAAUGUAGGUCUGCUGGGCAUGACUGAAUUUUGCAGGCAAAAACUCUUGAAAUGAGUCUAGCACACAAGAACCCUGUGCACCAGAGUAUACUGAGUUUAGCAUAUCGUUAUUCCUCUGUUAGGCAGUUAACACGAUCCUGUCAUACAGCUGGCUGGAAGCUCCCCAUGCGGAUAGAGGACAUACAGAUCUGGAAGCAAACUGUGAUCCCAGCCACUGCCGAAACGGCACUUCAACAAAGUGUGGACAUAGCUGCUAAAACACUUCAAAUAAGAAACAAUUUAAGCAUAGAGAUAUUUUUCUCAGCUUGAAAAUAUUUUAUGAUGUGGUCAGUGGUGAUAAUUACUCAAAAUCAAGCCAGUCCCUUACUGAUACCUUGGUUACUUUGUCAUGUUUUGUUGCAAUAGUUUGCGCACCUUUUGUUAAAGCACAUGAGUACUGGUUUGCACAUGACUGUAAAUCCAGUUUAGAACAGAGCUCAGAUUACUGAAUAUGUAAUUGGAGUUAUCAAUAAAAAGACAUGUUAGUAGAAAAGAUAUUGUUAUGCAUAUCAGUAUAAAAAUGUUACACAGUUAACAGUAUCUGGCCUAACAAUGACUGUGUUCCAUAGAAUGAGACUGAUCCCAAGCACAGCGACAUGCCAGAGGAAAAACUGCAAUUGAUUUGGAUGGGCUUUGGAGCAGUCCUACAGUUACUAACUAUAGUAACAGUUUUAAGUUAUUCAUAGGGAUUAAAUUGCAUUGACAACUGGUAUAGUCCCUGCCCUUUAUUUUGAGCCAGGUGCAACUCUCAGAUGGGCAGGUUACACACAAUAGGGUGAAAAUCCAGCCUUAGCAAAAGUUUUCUUUGACAUUGUUGAAGUUUCAGCAGCAAAUUCAAGGACUAAAUCUGAUCCAAUGUAUUAAUUCACGUCUGAGAGCAAAAUUUGACUUUCUGGCUUUAAGCACCCUUUUUUCUUUUUAGACUGGUAGAAAUUAGCCUUACUGUCUCAGGUGUCUCUUUCACUGGAAAUUAAAACCCCUUUGAUUGUGAACUGAUUAUUUCCAUUGUUGUAAUUGCAGAAUGGGAUUAAGGAGUGACAAGGAAACAGGGAAAAGCCCCUUUGUCGCUGCUUAGAGGCUCAACUGUGGGCCAAAGACUCUCUUUUCUUUUGUCCUUUUUAACAUUAUCUGUUGAGUGAAAUUACCUCAGUAGUUGGUGCAGGGCAUUAUUGAACUGUGGCUGGGGAACAGCGCACACAUAUCUGGUGUCCAUAUGGCAGCACAUACACUAACAGGGGGAUGCAGAGGUGAUUAGAUGAUCCUGUACAAAGCUGACAUGCAAAUUCAUAUCUAAGCCUGUACUCUUAGGUUUCUGAUGCUGGGACACAUCCCUUUUAAAGGUAGGAAGCUCUUGGAAGUUCACCUCGGGCAAAACCUACUUCCUUAUCCAUCCAACAGAAUGAGUACAAGAAAAUUCUUUGAACUAAAAGAAGUUCCUCUAGAGGACUUGAAACAGUGAGGAAUUUGUUACUUAGUUGACAGAGAUUUUAAGAUCUAAGUAACAUGGAAAAAUAAGACCUUAAAAAAAUUACGAGAAAUACCUCGAUGGUUGUUAACUUUCAUAUUUCACAGCAUGGCAGCAGAGUGGAACAAGAUACCUGUGCAUAUUUUCCUAUUAAUAUCAAUAGCAGCUGGGCAGGCUAAGGCGGGAGAGAAUACAGUGAAAUACUGAUGCAGAAAGCUGUACCACUACUUUUGUUUUAAUGUUGGGUAUGUUGGAAAGAAAGCACACUGCCUUAGAGUGUGUCCCUUUCCCUGCAACCACUGUUAGCUGCUCUGUGGAACAGCUGAGCUCUGAGCUGAGCAGAGGAGGCAGCAAACCAGUUACCUUUUAUUCGAUGGAACAGAUCUGGAGGCUAAUCUGUUUUGUAUUAAUUUAUUUUACAGUUCUUUUUGCAUAUUUUCAGAUAUGCAAAAAAUACUAAAUACAUUAAGCUAAUGCUCAUACAAGGCAUCACAUCCUGCAUUUUUACAUUAUGUAAGAUGUAGAUAAGAAGCUAAUAGCUUGUAUGGGUAGUAUUUCAUACACUCUGCACGGGUGCAAGACACUGAAACUUAGGCUAUAACCUCAGCUACAGAAAAAAAGCUAAGUAUGAGUAACUCCUGUAUAGAUCCCCUGCCUUGCACUGUGGCCAGGUGCAGACUGUAAUGCUGUAAAUGCAGAGUGGCUUAGACUGCUCACUCUUCCCUUGAUGCCUUUCCCUCCACAGAAGCGGUAUUUUGCUCCAUAAACAGCUCUUGCAAAAUGCCAUAGGAACAUUUUUCUAGUUCUCUGCCAUACAAGGGCUCUAUAAUCAUACUCCAGAGCUGUCAGAAUAGAAUAGGAGUCCUUCCCCCUUCAUCCCUGUGGCCCUAAAACUGCCAACCCAGACUAGUACUGCAGUACAGCAAUGUUCCCAGGCGUUCUUGAAUGCAGAAGACUUAGAGUUCAGAGCUCAUGAGUCCUAUAAGUUAAAUAUCUGUACAGGAACUUCCUCCUAAAAUGUGCAAAGCCCAUUUAAUGGACUUCUAACCAGAAAAUUCCACAGUCCAUCUACCUUUCAGAGAAAUGUGAUUUCCUCAGUGAACUGUUACUGGUCAGUAUUACAUCACUGCUUUCAUUAUUUAAUUAUGUUUCUAAAAUUCCAGUGGUUUUGGAACAUGUGAUGGUUUCUUGAUAUUUGGCCCACGGGUAAACAGAGUUGAGAAAAUGGGGGCUGUAGUCUGGACAGUUGACAUCAUAUGUAUUUCCAUAACAGCCCAAGUUGGUUUAUCACUUACGGUCUGUCCUCACCUUGAACUAGAAGGAAUUGUUCCAAUAGAAACUUCCUAAUUAUUAAAACUUAGUGAAAGAUGCACACACAGAGCUAUUAAAUUCAAGUGUGUCAAGAUAUGAUUCUUACAAAUGUACAAGUACUUCCCUUAGGAGUCUGUCUGUAAAAAGACCAUUGCUAGUAUGCAACAUAGAUGGAAAAUAAAUUAUCCUCUGGGUUUCAGAACUCUUAGCAAGUGUUCAUCAGCUUAUAAAGGUGAGAAAUCUGAGUUUAAUAUUUUUUCACUUUUAGUGACAGUGACAGUACCAGCUGUCUUAAACCUAAACUCCAAGAACAUACUAUUCUAAAACAUUUAGUCACAGACCUAAAAGCACAGAGUAAGAAUGGUUAAGCAGAACUGUCCUUAUUUUCAGAUUGGGAAAUUCAAAGGUUGAAUGACACAUCUAGGGUUGCCUGGGAAGCACGUCCUUUCAAAAAGUUACCCCAUAAAAAUAUCCAAAUUUUAGUUUCACAUUUCUUCUGGUGUAACUCCUUUCUACAGCUGUGCUUAGAAAAAUCAGAACUAAAUUAUCAUUUUGGUUUUUAAAAAGAAUCAAGCUAGGAAAUAAAUAUGGAUUAAAACUAGGUAUAUACUGAUCACGUGAGCGAUAGUAAUGAGGAGCUGUGCUUUUCCUGUAUCUUUUUCUUUAAAUUAAGCAAUUUCAUGUUAUAAUUAGCAUUUUCAGGUCAAAUUGAAAUUCCUCUGCCAUCCAUAAUACUCAAACCAUGUAGCUUUGUUAGAAGUCCUCAGAACAAAUAUCGACACUUUAUUAAUUGCACAGGCAGGAAACAGUAAAGUUACUUGAAAGUGGCUGUUAUGAUUUUGUGACUGUACAUAGAUCUUGCAAAAUGUUAAUGGUAAUAUGCAUACUGUACCCCACAUAAACACUGCAAGAAUAGCAUGGUCAUUGUUACGCUUUAUAGCUAUUGUGGAAAAUGUCUUAACCUGCAUUCAUGAUUAUAGUGCCCAUCCUAUUCCCAUGCCUUUUUAUACAGUUGUGGUAAGAUUGUUACGAAAUCCUUUUGUCAGUCAUGUUCGAGCUAACUUACCUAUGUAUAGAAUUUAUAUAUUAAACCCCCUAAUUUAUACUGUGUUUUAACAGUUUGCCUGAACUGUCUAUGGUUUCUAAAUUUUGUAAUGUGAGUGUCAAAUAAGAAUAAUAAUAAAAAAAAGGCUCAGCUGUGUGGA